AUGCCGAGCGAGGAGGACUGCGUUACGCAGGCGCAGGGAGCGGCGGACUGCCGCGCGGCGGGACUACCUCGGGCGACCGAGGCAGCUCUGUCGGCGGCUGCAUCCGGCCCCCCACGUAUGACGACGCUGCAAUCGACUGCGGACUGCGCUGCGGUACACCCAAUGCGCACUAGCCCGCUCACACCAGAGCAGGUGUACCUAGUUGUACACCGACUAUCGCGGGGCAUUGUGUACCCUGAACAGGAAGCCGACGAACGAGCACUCCGCGCGUUCCAACAGCACCUGAGGUCACUUGGCUGCGAGGUAUUCGAAGAUGUGAGCGUACCGUCGGGAGCCAGUGAAGAGACCUCAGAUACGCCGUUUGCUGUACCGUCAGGCGCGACGACAGAGCACGCCACUGCCCUGCCACGAGACAGCACAAUCCCAGAGGCCAACCUUGGCGAACUGCUCGAGGCGGAAACCAUGGAUACAGCGCAGCCCUCUAGAAAGAGGCCUGCAGCUGCGGAGGAGGAAGAUUCCGCCGCCAUCUCUGAUUCUACCUGCAUGCAAAGUCAGAAGAAGAAGACGCCAGAAGCUGCUGCCCACUCGGAGGCAGAUCAGGGGACCGACGACGGCUUCGUUGUCCCGAAGCGGCGGCACACUGCUCGGGCCAAACGGCUUGAGAGAGUGCAGCCGCUGCCGACAGCGAACUCAUUCGUCGACGUUCCUGACGAGCCGGAGCCCAUGGACGAAGCUGAGGCACCCAAGAGGCGGGCACCCGCCCCGCCACCGAUUACAGUAUCGUGGAAGGACACGUACCAGUCCUUCCUCGAGAAGUUCCAGAAGCAAGGACGUUCGGCACCGGCACGAAAGGUGCAACCAGGCACCAGCUUCGCCUCUGCCACCAAGGGGGAGUCCUCGGACGCCCCCAGGGGGCGGCGGGCGGACGCAGCGACCACCAAGGCGCCCAACCAGGCAGCCGGCACCCAGGACGACCAACACCAGGGCGGACGGCUAAACCGUCCCCCCACCUCAGACACGCCGCAAGCUGCUAGGCGUGUGGUCCCGCUAACGGACGCAGCCACUCCGCUGCGCCCCGCCGCCCACGCACCCGCAACUGCGGCACCUCCUGCAGCAAUUCCGCGACCAGAAGCAGCAGACCUGGGAGCAAUGUUGAGCUCCCUCUCUGCCCUGCUACAGCAACUGCCGGUGCUCGUCACCGCCGCCGAGCAGACUUCAGCCCAACCGAAGACUGGCAGCGCACAAAAUGGCGGGCAAGCCCCGCCCAGCGCAGCCAUCGUCGCGGACGGAGCAAUCCCCGAGCGAUGCAAGACGCAGGUAACACAAUCCACCGCUCACACUACCGAGCGCCCGCGCGCCAAUCAGAGAGCGCGUCGCUGGGAGAACACCACGCCAAAGGCACAAAAUGAAGGCGCAGAGGCACCGCCACUGAACGAUGCGGCCGUCUUCCCCGGACUGCGCGAGCGCCGACAGCAUGGCGGACCCAAGGUAGCAAUGCGCCAUUUUGCCGGCAGCAGCAAUGGCGGCGAGCUCGCCGCUGGCCAGGCAGUCACGCGCCAUCUUGUCGGCAGCAGCAAUGGCGGCGAGCCCACCGCCGGCCAGGCAACCACGCGCCAUCUUGUCGGCAGCAGCAAUGGCGGCGAGCCCGCCGCUGGCCAGACAGCCACACGCCAUCUUGUCGGCAACGUCAAUGGCGACGUGACCGCCGCUCACCAGGCAGGACACGACAACGCACCACACGCCGACCGCCUCGACGCCGUCGGCAGUAUGAGCGCCAGCUAUGAGCGCAUGAUGACGGCAAUGGAGCAGCGAAUGUUCGCGAUGAUGGAAAAAUUCAUGUCCCUCGUCGUGAACAUCAUCAGCGAGCUUCCCGCCAAGAUUGCGGCCGCGAUGCAGCAGGCAACAAAUAUAAACAACUCCACGGCCCAGCAUGGCAGCGCCUCGCGAAAUUAA